ACCUGCCCGCCCCUGCCCGCUGCCCUAAAGCCCGCGGGUUACGGUCACCGUCCAGGGACACGCGUCCAGGGCGGAGCCGAAGGACUUGGGCCGAGGGCAGAGGUGUUGGUCUCCACGGAGAUGCUGGGAGUGAUGAAAAAUUCACGCUCUCUGCAGAUUCACUGAAGUGGGCCGGGGGAGGUGGCGCUCCCCGACGCGGUCUCUUGCUGUAGUGUGUAAAUUCACGUUCUCAGGUUUUGUUUUACGCGAAUGAAGCUAUAAAUAUCCUUGCACUUUCAUGCGAAGGCUUAAUAGACAGCAGAAGUUGAGUUUUGGAGGAGUAAAUUGUUCUACUGUUGAGUAAACUGGAAAUAAAUUUGAGGAAAAAUGAAAAGGAGCUAGAAAAAGUUAGGUAGAAACAGCUUACUUUGGGGUCUUUCACCCUGGCAAGCUGUGUGGCCUUGGGUAAGUUAGCAAUUCUCAGAAUCUUGCCUCAGUUUCUUCCUGCGUGUAGUUGACUCCUUUCCAGACUAAUCUUCGCGUUUAAGUGAGAGCUCACAGCUCACUGGGCCGUGACAGGGUGGGAAAGCGUUCAGGCCUCUCGGGCAUGUAGCAGCCAGUGUGCACAUAGCAUUUUUGAAGUUUCUGAAUAGAAGUGUUUCCUGAAAAAAAUCAUGUAUGUAAGGAGUUGAAUUUUUUUUUUAAGAUUUAUUUUUAUUUAUUUAUGCAAGCACUGGGUACAGUCAGAAGCGCGGGAGGGUGAGAGGAUUCACCAGAGCCAGAGCGGGGAGCAGAGCAGGCAGAAGGACCGAAGCACACUGCUGAGGGGAGCAGCGGGCGGCAGGAGAGGUCUGCGCGCCAUGCGGGACCCUCCUCUGGUGGCCGGGGAGCAGCCGGGGAUCGAACCGGUGCUGCAGAGGCUGCGGGCAGCUUCACAACCCAGCGCUCACCCACUGCGCCACCGGGGAGGCCCAGGAGUUGAAUUUUUGAGAGCUAAUGACGAUGAAAACACUUUUAAAAUCUUACUUGCAACGGAUAUUCAUCUGGGAUUUAUGGAGAAAGAUGCAGUCAGAGGAAAUGAUACGUUUGUCACCUUUGAUGAAAUUUUAAGACUUGCCCAGGAAAAUGAAGUGGAUUUUAUUUUGUUGGGCGGUGAUCUUUUUCAUGAAAAUAAGCCCUCCCGAAGAACAUUACACACCUGCCUGGAGCUACUGAGAAAAUACUGCAUGGGCGACCGCCCUGUACAGUUUGACAUCCUCAGCGACCAGUCAGUCAACUUCGGGGCUAGUAAGUUUCCGUGGGUGAACUACCAGGAUGGCAACCUCAACAUCUCCAUCCCCGUCUUCAGCAUCCACGGCAAUCACGACGACCCCACCGGGGCGGACGCGCUCUGCGCCCUGGAUGUGCUGAGCUGCGCCGGGCUCGUGAACCACUUCGGCCGCGCGCCGUCCGUGGAGAAGAUCGACAUCAGCCCGGUGUUGCUGCAGAAAGGGGGCACGAGACUCGCCCUCUACGGCCUAGGGUCCAUCCCGGACGAGAGGCUCUACCGGAUGUUCGUCAAUAAGAAAGUGACGAUGCUGAGACCUAAAGAGGACGAGAGCUCCUGGUUUAACUUGUUUGUGAUCCACCAGAACAGGAGCAAGCACGGAAACACCAACUUCAUCCCGGAGCAGUUCCUGGACGACUUCCUGGACCUGGUCGUGUGGGGCCAUGAGCACGAGUGCAGAAUCGCCCCCACCAAGAACGAGCAGCAGCUCUUCUACGUGUCGCAGCCCGGGAGCUCCGUGGUCACGUCCCUGUCCCCGGGGGAGGCCGUGCAGAAGCACGUGGGCUUGCUGCGCGUGAAGGGCCGGAGGAUGAACCUGCAGAAGAUCCCGCUGCGCACCGCGCGCCAGUUCUUCCUGGAGGACGUGGUUCUGGCGGAGCACCCUGACAUUUUCAGCCCAGACGACCCUAAAGUCACCCUCGCCAUUCAGAGCUUCUGCUUCGAGAAGGUCGAGGGCAUGCUGGAGAACGCCGAGCGGGAGCGUCUGGGGAAUGCCCGGCAGCCGGAGAAGCCGCUCAUCCGCCUGCGAGUGGACUACAGCGGGGGAUUCGAGCCUUUCAACGUUCUCCGCUUCAGCCAGAAGUUUGUGGACCGCGUGGCUAAUCCGAAGGAUGUGAUCCAUUUUUUCAGGCGCAGAGAACAGAAGGAAAAAACGGAAGAGGUCAACCUCGGGAAGCUCGUCACCAGGCCUGCGGAGGGCACGACCCUGAGGGUGGAAGACCUCGUCAAGCAGUACUUUGAGACCGCAGAGAAGAACGUGCAGCUCUCGCUUCUGACGGAGAGGGGCAUGGGGGAGGCCGUCCAGGAGUUUGUGGACAAGGAGGAGAAAGAUGCCAUCGAGGAGCUGGUAAAGUACCAGCUGGAGAAGACGCAGCGCUUCCUCAAGGAGCGCCACAUCGACGCCCUGGAGGAUAGAAUCGACGAGGAGGUCCGUCUCUUCAGAGAGAGCAGGCGGCAGAACGCCAGCGAGGAAGAUGACGAGGUCCGCGAGGCCAUGACCAGGGCACGAGCCCUGCGGUCUCAGUCGGAGGACCCCGCCUUCAGCGCCGACGACCUCCUGAGCAUAGAGAGGGCGGAGCAGCUGGCCGAGGACUCCGACGACAGCUCCGCACCAGCGCCCACGGGCCGGGGCCGGGGCCGGGGCCGAAGAGGACGGGGCCAGGCCGCCUCGUCCAGAGGAGGGUCUCAGCGUGGAAGGGCAGGCCCCGGCCUGGAGACGACCACUCGCGGCAGGAGCUCGAGGGGCGCCCCGUCGGUGCCCAGAAGCAUGUCUAUUCUGGAUGCCUUUAAGCCCACCCGACAGCAGCCCUCCCGGAGUGCUGCCGCGAAGAGCUACUCGGAGGAGAUCGUGGUGGACGACUCGGACGAGGAAGAAGACGUCUCCCCCACCACGUCGAAGGCAGACCCCAGGUGGCCGGGCUCGGCGGCCUCCAGCAGGUGUGGGUCCCAGGGCCGGGCGGCCAGAGGAGUGGACUUCGAGUCAGACGAGGACGACGACGACCCCUUCGCGAGGAUGAGCUCUGCGCGGGGAACCCGGAGAUGACCGUGCCUCUGGGGGGCCCUGGCAGCCACCAAGGCCUGGAGGGGCGGAUGUGCUGCGAGCAGGCGCUGCGGUGGGAGACCUUGCGCGUGUUGCUGUGGACGGAGGCCCGGAGGAGGCGCUGCUGCGUGGCGGCGGCCCCUGUGGGUUCCUCGGCCCGGCUCCUGACUGGAAGGGCGAUGGGCCCGGCCUCCCCCGGCCUCCUCUGGCCUCUCCGGGCCUCCCCUGACUCCCUCCUGGCUGGCGGCCUGGCCCGGCCCGCUCUGGGACUCAGGGUGUGUGUCUGUGGCAGAGGAACUCGUGCUCACGCCAUAAGAGACAAGCGUCUACUCCACAGCAGAGGCCGCGUUCAGCCAGUCAGGAGAGGGGCUCUCGGGGUCUGCUUCGGCCCCCGGCGUGACCCUGCGCCGAGCCCGCUGCCCGCCUGCGUCCUCUCCGGGCCCCGGUGCCACCCUGAGCCACCCCCGGCCGGACGUACCCGGCGCUUUGCAGAGUUAGACACGCUCGUGCGCACACAGCCAGCCUCAGGGUCCUCAGGUUGUGAUUCUCGUUGUAGCAAAACUUUCAAAAGAUUUCGUUCCCACCGGUGACGGUGGCCUUGUCUGUUCCCCGUGACUGCCGCUUUCCUCUUUCUGAAACGGGGGCUGCACCUUCCUGCCGUCCCAGGGGUCCUGCGGGCCUCCUGAGCCUCCGGGUCGGCCGCGCCUGUGGUUGCAGCGCACGGAGAUGCUGGCGCGGGCUCCCCGGCUCGCUGUGCAGCCCCCAGCACGGCCGCCCCGACGUGCUGCUGAGGCAGCAGGGCCACGUCCGUGUCCUCUCCCAUGUCCAGGGACGGGCUCCCCGGGAGGCGGGCGAGGAGGGUGGGGUGCGGAGCAGGGCCGAGUGCCGGCUGGUUACCGGGAGGCGGCCGGGGGCCCAGCCUCUGCUCAGGCCUCGCUCUGCCUCCUGGACGGUUCCUGGAGGACGUCCUCGGGGCCUUGCAGUGAGGGGGUCUCAGCAGGUGGCGGGGCCGGGGCUUCAUCUCAGGGAACCUCCUCGGUGCAUCUGCCCGUCUCCUGUCCUGGCGUCUGCAGGAUGGGGUGGACGCCAAAGGAGCGGUGCUCCCGUCGUGGGGGGGCGGGCUGGGUCUCAGGCCAGCAGGGCCUGUGGGGGUCAGGGAGCCUGCACCUCUGGAGGAGCCGGUCUCAGGUGAGGAUGCACAGCCCAGGUGACCUGUAGGUAACUCGGCACAGCGACCUCCGGCUGCCGGGCGGGCAGUGUGGCCAGCCCCGAACGGGGGUGGACAGGAGGGAAGCCUUGAAAGGGAGCGCUGCUGCCCCCCGCUUGCACCAAUGCCGUGAAAUAUGGGACCGGGUCAGGUGGGGGCGUUGCCCACCAGAGCACACGUCUGGGACUGGUCUCCCCUGAAAGCCCGGGGGGGCCGUGUUGGGGUCACAGCAAGUCGGGGAGUCCCUGGUGCUCAGAGAACCACCCUUCACUCGGGCCUGAUCCGGUACGAGCCAAACAGGCUUCUCGACUUGUGAAAUCACCAAGUGCAGUAAAUACAGAAAGUCUCCUCAGUCACAGGAUGGCCUCGGUGCCUGUGCUCCCGGCCUUUGCUGUCCCCGCCUCUGGGUCUCUGUGACACUGGGGGCUCCUCUCCCCAUGAGGGGGCUCCGGGCCCCUGCCGUGCAGGGAGCCUGGGCCUGUGCCGUGACCCCGCCCUGCGCGUUGACGCGCCCGUUGCUGCGCGCUCCCCUGGCUCAGCCCAUUAGCCAAGAAAUUGCCGGUUUGAUAAAUUCUACAUGUCGAGGGCUCCAGAAGAAAAUGUUCUGUGUUCUAAUAAAGAGGAAAAAAACCCUUUAUGGGGAAAAUGGACGUCUCCCAUGGAGACUGUUUCUGCCGAGAUUACCAUAUUAAAGACAGCUCCCCGGGGGGCGCGGAUGUCCUUGUUUGUGUUUCCUGCACGGGCAGAUGGCAGGGGUGGCCUGGCGAGGUCGCUGCCGCGCCCGCCUUCCCUCCUGUGACAGCUCUGAACGCCGCGUGUCUGGGGGGCCUGGAGCCCGGGCUGGGGUGGCGCUGUGAGGCUGUAGGGCUGAGGGUUCGGGUGAGCGCGCUUACCGCCUGGGGUUCCACGUGGAGACGCGUCUCUCCAGGCAGCUCUCAGUGGGUUUCUCCCCGUUCUGUUUUUUGGCAUAACUGACAAAACUGCUGAACUCGCAACAGAGGCCCGGGGGGCUGCCUGUGUUUUUUUUUUUAAGAUUAUGCAUACAGGGCCUCCCCCGGUGGCGCAGCGGUUGAGCGCUGGGUGGUGAAGCUGCUCCCCGGCCAC